AUGUACUUGAGGAGUAUACAGUGCGCAGAUCGGAGAUGGGCUUUGAUGUUGCAACCAUCAAAAUACUUAUUUAGGCCGAAAUUCUCUGAUCAUCUUUGCUUUAAGUCUUUAUCACCUAAGACCAUCGUGAGAGAAUAUUCUUCACGUGGUAUUAUCAAAAGGGAUCUCUUAGGUUUAGAUUCACGUAGUCAUCUUUCAUCUAGAUAUAGGAGUACUCAGAUACAAGCUUUUAGUUCUGAAGGCGAUGGAAGUAGUGCAAGUGAGAAUAAACAAGUACAUGUUAACGGUGGAGGUGAUUUGGAUAAGGGGAAGAAUCAGUUAGGUAAGUCUGGUGGAGACGUUAAACGCAGCUAUACUCAUGCACAGCUUGGAGAACAGGAUCAGGAGGAAUGGCUUCAUAAUGAGAAGCUUGCUGUAGAAAGUAAAAGGAGAGAAUCACCAUUUUUGACAAGAAGGGAUAAGUUUAAAAAUGAGUUUCUGAGAAGAAUUACUCCAUGGGAAAAUAUAAACGUUUCGUGGGACACAUUUCCUUAUCACAUAAAUGAGCGUACGAAAAAUCUUCUUACGGAAUGUGCUGCUUCCCGUUUGAGACAUAAUAAGCUUGCUUCGUCUUUUGGCACCCGCCUUGCAUCUUCAAGUGGAAGAAUAUUGCUUCAAAGCAUUCCAGGCACUGAGCUAUAUCUGGAAAGAUUAGUUAGAGCUCUUGCACAAGAUUUACAAGUACCGUUGUUGGUGUUUGACAGCAGCAUCCUUGCUCCUUAUGAUAUUAUUGAUGAUGAUCAAUCGUCAGACCAUGAGUCUAAUGAUGAUAAUGCAGAAUCUGGGGAUGAGGGUGGUCUAGAAUCUGAUAAUGAGGAUGAUAAUGAUGCUAGUAAUGAAGAAGAGUGGACUAGCAGUGCUGAAGCGAAGUCAGAUUUAAGCGAUAAUGAAGAUGCACUAGCAUCUGCUGAAGCAGCCCUUAAGAAAGUUAAAGCCGCCGUUCAGAAACUUAUCCCUUACAAUGUUGAUGAAUUUGAGAAGAUUGUGACCGGAGAUGAGAGACCCGAGUCAUCGAAUUCUGAUGAUGCCAAGUCAACGGAUAAAUCUGGAUCUCAGCUAAGAAAAGGUGACCGCGUGAAGUACAUCGGCCCUUCUAUUAAAUUUACAAAUGAUGAUAGGAUCAAACUGGGGAAGAUACCAACAUCCGAUGGUCCAACUAAUGCUUAUACUAUUUUACCUGAAAGGGUUUCAACUUUAAAUAAUGGUCAAAGAGGAGAGGUAUACGAUGUUAAUGGAGAUCAAGCUGCGGUUAUCUUGGAUGAUAAUGUAGAGAAGGCCAAUGCGAAUGAGGUCGAGAACCCUAACAAUGAUCGUCCAAACGCAUCAGUUUAUUGGAUAAAUGUCAAGGACAUUGAGAAUGAUCUUGAUGCUCAACAACAGGAUUGCUACAUAGCUGUGGAGGCUUUAUGUGAGGUUUUGAAUGCCAAACAACCUCUUAUAGUAUAUUUUCCGGAUAGUUCACAGUGGUUGCAUAAAUCACUUCCUAAGUCAAGCCAAAAUGAGUUUUUUCAAAAGGUUGAAGAGAUGUUUGACCGGUUAUCUGGCCCUGUAGUAUUGAUUUGCGGGCAUAACAAAGUUCACUCUGGAACAAAGGAGAAAAAAAAAUUUACGAUGAUAAUUCGACGUGUUUCUGACCUGCCUCUUUCUUUGAAUCACCUGGGUGAUGGAUUUAAAGGGGGAAAGACAUCAGAAGAGGAUGAUGACAUUAACAAGCUUUUCUCUAAUGUUUUGAGUUUUCAUCCACCUAAGGAGGAGAAUCUACAGGUAGUAUUCAAAAAACAACUCGAGGAAGACAGGAAAAUUGUGAUUUCACGUAGUAAUUUGAAUGAACUACGAAAGGUUCUUGAAGAAAACCAGCUAUCAUGCGCUGACCUCUUGCAAGUGAAUACUGAUGACAUCAUUUUAACAAAGCAAAAAGCUGAAAAAGUGGUAGGCUGGGCAAAAAACCAUUACUUGUCGUCAUGCCUGCUUCCUUCUGUUAAAGGAGAAAGAUUGUGCAUACCUUGUGAAAGUCUUGAAAUUGCAAUCUCAAGGAUGAAAGGCAUGGAAACUAUGUUACGAAAACCUUCUCAGAACCUCAAGAGCCUUGCGAAAGAUGCGUAUGAGAGCAAUUUUGUUUCAUCUGUUGUACCUCCUGGUGAAAUUGGGGUGAAGUUUGAUGACAUCGGUGCUCUUGAAGAUGUUAAGAAGGCACUUCAGGAACUUGUUAUUCUUCCAAUGAGAAGGCCCGAGCUUUUCACUCGUGGAAACCUGUUGCGGCCCUGCAAAGGAAUAUUGCUUUUUGGUCCUCCUGGAACUGGGAAAACUCUUCUGGCCAAGGCACUUGCAACAGAAGCCGGUGCAAAUUUUAUCAGCAUAACUGGUUCGACCCUUACCUCAAAGUGGUUUGGAGAUUCUGAGAAACUAAGCAAAGCACUUUUCUCAUUUGCCAGCAGGCUUGCACCUGUCAUUAUAUUUGUUGAUGAGGUUGACAGUUUGCUUGGUGCUCGAGGUGGUGCUUCUGAGCAUGAGGCCACUAGAAGAAUGAGGAAUGAAUUCAUGGCAGCAUGGGAUGGAUUAAGGUCCAAAGAGAAUCAAAGAAUCCUCAUUCUUGGUGCAACAAAUCGGCCAUUUGACCUUGAUGAUGCUGUUAUCCGUCGUUUACCAAGAAGGAUCUAUGUUGAUUUACCCGAUGCUGAAAAUCGAAAGAAGAUUCUAAGAAUAUUUCUUGCAAAAGAAAAUCUGUACUCCGAUUUUCAGUACGACGAACUUGCUAACUUGACCGAAGGAUACUCUGGCAGUGAUUUGAAGAACCUCUGUGUUGCUGCAGCAUAUAGACCUGUUCAAGAGCUUUUAGAAGAAGAAAGGAAGAGAGACAAUGAUACUAAGAAUUCAGUAUUAAGGCCUCUUAAAUUGGAAGAUUUUGUGCAUGCAAAAUCCAAGGUUGGUCCAUCUGUUGCGUACGACGCAACAAGCAUGAACGAGUUGAGAAAGUGGAACGAAAUGUACGGUGAAGGCGGUAGUAGAACAAAAUCACCAUUUGGAUUUGGGAGCUGA